AAAAAAAAAGAGAGAGAAAGAGGGGGCUGGCUUUGAUCUCAAUGCAGUAUUGUCUAUUAGUCAUAUUGAAUGUGAUAUUUAAUACAUGUAUAAAUGACCCUGAGAAUCCACGGUAACUGCUUUAAUAGAUCAUCAGGAGUAAAUUAUCAUAAAUUAAAAAGCAAAUCUUUUUUUUUUUGCUUCUUUCUUUAUUUAUUCUAAUCUCAAUGUUUUUUUUUUGCACGAUACAGACAUUGAUGAAAGAUACAGGCAAGAGAUAUCACAACUAGAGUUGAAAAAUCAAGAAUUACAAGAAAUCAUUCAUGAAUUGACCGCAAGACUUGACCAUGUACAAAGAGAUACCCAACAAAGGGAAAGAAAGAUGGCUCAAGAAAUAGACAAAUUAAAGUCGCAGUGGCAAUUAGACAGGAGGCGAUUACAAGAAGAUCAUGCUCAUGAGCUGUUUAUCAUUAAAGAAGCUCAUCAGGAAGAAAGAGACAUGGUAUUGAAAGAGCUCCAUGACCGUCUCACUUCUCCCACGAUACUUUCGACUCGGGUACUGAGCAGUACCAGCAGUAACAACAGUUGUCGCGCCCUAGGUUCUACAUUGACGGAUAUACAACCAUGCAAUCGUUCUGAGCGGCAUCCAUCGUGUUCUCAAGGCAAGCUGAUGUCCCCUUCAUUUGUAUACGAUUCGGAUGGUCAAGAAACAAUUGAUAUCAAACUUUCUCCGGAUUUAGACUUGUGCAACAGUUCUACUGCAUUGAUCAAAUGCGUCUAUUCUUCCACAGACACCAUUUCGACUGCCGACCCUUUAUGCACAUGUAAAGAUGACAAGAGUAUCGAAAGACAUCAAGUCUUUACUCGUACAAUGGUGGGUGAUUGGAUGUGGAAGUACACACGCCAUAGAUUAAGAAAGGAAAGCAAGCAUCAGCGGUUCUUUUGGUUUCAUCCUUAUACUCAAAUGCUUUACUGGAGUACAAAUGAACCUGGAAAUCAGCAAAAUGAAGCUAUAAAGAAUGGUAAAGUUGUAUGUAUGUGUUUUCUGUUUACUUAUAUCAUUAUUAUAGUUCGAGUUGUGUCAUUUGAAGUCAUACAAAAUGAAAAUGUACCAAGCAUAUCAAUAAAGACUCCAAACCGAUCCAUGAGGAUACAAUGUCUUAAUCUUAAUUCUCAUUAUGUAUGGAUAAGAACAUUGUCCUGUAUUUUUAGUCCAAAACAAUAAUAAACAAUCCCUCUUUUUUAUAAAUUGACAAGAUGCUCUUUACGUUCAGCCAAACGGUACCAUCGUUCGCGCCGUGUACGAGUCUUUGACCAGAAUUUCCAGGCCCAGUCAGUGUAUUGCCAUCCUUCUUGUCCUCUUAUCCAUUCUGGGUCCGUCCAUACCCAGGUGACGCGUUUUUGUUGUUUACCUAUACUUGUCGGUGGUGGCAAUCUAAACGUAUGAAUU